AUGGGUUUGAUAAAUUGGCAGGAACAAUCAGCUGAAGAUAUAAUUCGAUAUUGGCAUGCAUUUCAAGGCACUUGUGUAAAUUUAUUUACGGAGCUUUGUUUAUUGAACACUGUACAAGAAGAGAAAGAGAAUAAUUCUUUAAUUGCAAAUUUUCGUCUAUCUGAAUGUCCAUUGUUGGUACCACACGUUGAUCAUGUUUCUAACAAUAACAAUGGACAGAAUAAUGCUGAAGCUGCCGAUAUAUACUGUCCAAAUUAUGAGUCCAAAAUUAUGGACUAUCUCAACGAGGCUUCAAUUCUUCUGCAUCAACCACAUACAUCAUCAUUACCACCUGGAAGUAUUGUAUAUUUACGUUCACAAAAAGAUGUGAAACAUCAUUUAAUACCGUACACUUUCAUUGCUUUGAAUUGGCCUAAUUCAUCAACGAAGAGUCGACAUUUAACAGCUAUUGAUUUAUAUAAUGGUUAUUUCUUAAAAUAUAUUCAAUCACUAUCAUCGACACUCCCGAUAUCUGUAGUAAAUGAAGGGCGACAUUCUCAACAAUUAGGCGUACGUUAUUUUGGUGAGUUUCGGUCUAACUCUUCGUCUACAUCAUCUUUACUAAGUGGUAAUAAUAAUGAUGGUAAUACCUUGAUAAAACCUUGGAAUGAAUUAACACCGACUAUUCUACCUUCUGAUUUACAAUCAUCAUCUGAUAUGUCAAUCAUUGUAAAAAAUGUACAUAGUUGA